CCCUAAUUUCUCAUCACCGUGCGCAUGUCCUGAGCUUUCUGAUCUCCGAGAGACUCCGACGCGGCGGUUGCUGAAGAAGACUGCAAUAUGAAGUUCAACGUUGCUAACCCCACCACUGGAUGCCAGAAGAAGCUUGAGAUCGAUGAUGAUCAGAAACUGCGAGCAUUUUGGGACAAGAGGAUUUCACAAGAGGUCAAUGGAGAUGCCCUUGGUGAGGAAUUUAAAGGUUAUGUCUUUAAAAUUACUGGAGGUUGUGACAAACAAGGAUUUCCAAUGAAGCAGGGAGUGCUGACCCCUGGCCGUGUUCGUCUUUUGCUUCACCGGGGGACUCCUUGCUUCCGAGGACACGGAAGACGUACUGGAGAGCGCAGAAGAAAAUCUGUUCGUGGGUGCAUUGUUAGCCCCGACCUCUCUGUUCUGAACUUGGUAAUUGUGAAGAAGGGUGAGAAUGACUUACCUGGCCUAACCGAUGUUGAGAAGCCAAGGAUGAGAGGUCCUAAGAGAGCAUCCAAAAUCCGUAAGCUGUUCAACCUGUCAAAGGAGGAUGAUGUGAGGAAGUAUGUCAACACCUACCGUAGAACAUUUACAACAAAAGCUGGGAAAAAGCAGAGCAAAGCUCCCAAGAUUCAACGUCUGGUUACUCCUCUCACUCUCCAAAGAAAGCGAGCAAGAAUUGCCGAUAAGAAGAAGAGAAUUGCCAAGGCAAAAUCAGAGGCGGCUGAUUACCAGAAGCUUCUUGCUUCAAGGUUGAAGGAGCAGAGGGAUCGUCGCAGUGAGAGUUUAGCCAAGAAGAGAUCUAGGAUUUCAAGUGCUACCAAGGCACCUGUCACCGCAUAGACUGCUGUCAGAUACAGAUAUUUGGUGAAGUUUAAUCAUCACCGCAGUUUUUGGUACUGUUAAUUUAUGAUGAUUUUGUCAUGACAAAUGCUUAUGGUUUUUGUUACUUUCCAUACAUUGAGUUAUUAAAGUAUUAUCCAUGUAGUGUCACUUGUUGAGUUAAUUUUGACUUGUUGAAA